AUGCAGAACCCAACCCAACGCCCGCCCUUGGACGAAGAGAAAGAUACUAUUUCCGGUGAUGGCAAUGAAGGCACCAAAUCGCUUCCACCGCCAGGACCAGGAACCUUUCCAGAAGGUGGCGCUCGUGCAUGGAGUGUUGUUGCUGGAGCUAUGUGCAUCUCGUUCUGCACCUUUGGCUACAUGAAUGCAUAUGGCGUCUACCAGAACUAUUACUCGACGCAUCAACUGACGGACAAGUCUUCAUCGACCAUUGCAUGGAUAGGAUCUGUGCAAACAUGCCUUUUGUUGGGUGGAGGUAUAAUAGGAGGCCCUUUGUUUGACAGAUACGGCGCAAUAGUUAUCUGGCCCACUGCCAUAACAUUUGUGUUCUCGGUUAUGAUGACGUCCCUUUGCAAGGAAUACUAUCAGUUCAUGCUGGCGCAGGGUAUUCUCGGCGGACUAACGUGCGGUAUCAUGUUCUCGCCGGCAAUGGCAGCAGUAAGCCAUUAUUUCCAUGCGAAGAGAGGCGCAGCGCUGGGCAUAACUGUCACCGGUUCUUCGUUGGGAGGAGUCAUCUUCCCGAUCGCCUUGAGCAGGAUGUUUAGCUAUAAGUCAUUGGGCUUCGAAUGGACGGUGCGGAUCAUUGGAUUUCUCAUGUUGGCGCUACUCCUCCUCGCAAUGGCCACGAUUCGAUCACGUCUACCCCCACGGAAAGACAAGAUCCUACUGCCGUCUGCUUUUAGAAAGGCCGCUUUCAGCGUGUUUAUAGCCGCCCAAUUUUUGAUGCUUUGGGGAGUGUUCACGCCGUUUUUCUAUCUCACUGAGUAUGCCAUUGCGCGUGGAAUGAGCGAGGACUUGGCUUCAUACAUUCUGUCCAUACUUAACGCCGCUUCGGUCUUCGGUCGACUCCUGCCCGGUGUCCUGGCAGACAAAAUUGGACGGUUCAACACACUCUGCUUCUUUGGGUUUUGUACAGGCAUCCUCCUCCUCUGUUGGAUUGCCAUCGAGUCAAACGCGUCGAUAAUUGUGUUUGCAGCGCUCUACGGUUUCUUCUCCGGAGCGAUUGUCUCUCUGAUGUCCCCUUGCAUCGCGCAUCUUGCACCUUCACCGCGUGAUAUAGGUACUUACCUUGGUAUGGGCAUGGCCGUGAUCUCGCUGGCUGGCCUAACUGGAACCCCGAUCACCGGGGCUCUCAUCGACCGCUACACGAGUUACACGCCAGCCGCCAUUUUCAGUGGAGUGUCUUGUCUUGUUGGUGCGUCGCUGGUUUUCCUGACAAAGGUGACGCUGAUCAGAAACCCGUUUCGUCGGAUAUGA